GUAUCUCCGUCAUGGUCCGUCUCUCUCAGUCUUACACUGAUAUCUCACUCUCACAGACAUCACUUCCUCUCAGUCUCUCACACACCGCUCCUCUCUAUCGUAAUCGAACAUCGAUCUACAUUCCUCGGGCAAACAUCGAUCUCUGUCGCUCUAGGGCUUUGCUCUAGCUGUUCUUCAUCGAACUCGAACUUGAUCUCGAUCUGUUAUUCAUCUCAGAUCAGAUCAUUAUCAUCUUCGAUUCUCUUCUUCUCUCUUCGAUCUCUCUGCAAAUCUCUCUCUCUCUAAACUCUGUUUGGAUCUAUCUGUGUUCGAUCAUGGAGAUGGAACGUGUGAUCGAGUUUCCACACGCGGACAUGGAUCGUCGUCCCAGAAAGAGACCGCGUUUGGGUUGGGAUGUUGCUCCUCAGGCCCUUAAGUUAAUUGAGGUAGAAAAGCUUGUUCUCCGUCUUUUCUUGAGCGUAUAUCUUCGAGAUUGUUCGAAUCCCUCUGAUCUAAAUCGAUCUAGGGCUCAAGGCAUCAGAUUGGAGUCUAGGACCAAAAGAAUGUAUACUACUGCUUGGAUGAUUGAAGAAUAUGAUAAUUAUCUUGGACCUGGUAGUGUAUUGGUAUGUUCUAAUGUUCUUUAAGAAACUUCAUCAUAUCUGCUAUUUUGUUUGAGGUCAUAUACAAUAAUAAGAUUUUAUUUCGUUGCUUUAAAAUUAGGGGGAAACUUUUAUAAAUUUGGUUUCCUUUAAGGCAUCAUAGCAUAAAACAUCUCAUAAGAUUAGUUGGUCCAUUGGGCCGAAUACUGAGUUCUCAUUUUUUUUUUUUGAUACAUGUGGAUCUGCAUCAGCCAUCAAUAGAAUGAC